AUGGCACUUCGUGCCGUCCGGAAUAGACAGGCCCGCGCUGCCGCGGUGAGCCCCUAUGCGCAUCCUGCAGCGGCUCCAACUGUCAUCCGCCCUCUAUGCUCGAGUUCCAACGCCUCUUCUGCUGUAUCAAGCGCUCGAGGUGGAACUAAAUGUGCGGAUACAGCAACAUUUCCCCUCCAGAAAAAGUUUGGUCAGCACCUUUUAAAGAAUCCUGGAAUCCUGGACAAACUGCUGGCCGCUGCAAACAUUACGAGUUCUGAUGUUGUGCUUGAAAUCGGACCAGGCACCGGAAACUUGACUGUCCGCCUUCUCCCGUUGGCGCGACGUGUGAUUGCGAUGGACAUCGACAGUCGAAUGGUUGCAGAAGUGCAGCGGCGCUGCCAGAGCUUAGGUUUUUCGAACCUAGAAAUCGUCCACGGUGAUGCCUUAAGGCAGGAUUUGGGCUCGUUUGAUGUUUGUGCUGCCAACCUUCCCUAUCAGAUUUCCAGUCCGUUCCUCUUCAAGCUCUUGGCGCACAAACAUGCGUUCAGGUGUGCGGUCUUAAUGUUCCAGGAGGAGUUCGGAGAGCGGCUGCUCGCGCAGCCCGGCGAACCACGCUACUGCCGUUUGGCAGCAAAUGUCCAUUUGUUCGCAAAAGUUACAAGAGUGUGCAAAGUAGAUAGAAAUUCCUUUAGACCGCCGCCCAAAGUUGAUUCGGUCAUCGUCAAGAUCACCCCUAGAAAGGAAAUUUUGCCGGUGGACUUCCGCGAGUGGAACGGGUUGCUCCGUAUAUGCUUCACUCGGAAGAGAAAAACCCUCAGGUCAAUUUUUAAAAAGCCUUCCGUCUUGUCGAUGCUCGAGCAAAACCACAAAGUUGUUUCUGCAUUUAAAGGAGCAGCUCCAGUUAACGGAUCUCAAUUUAGGGACUUGUGCUUUGAGGCAAUCCAGGAGGCGGGUGUAAGUGAUCGGAGGAGUGUCUCAAUCUCAACUGCCGAGUUCUACAAACUGUUGCUCGAGUUCCACAGAAGAAGCAUCUUCUUCCAAAAUGCCGCAGACUUGGAGCUGAACAAGGAGGACACGAAAGAAGGAAUCUCUGCUGGUAAGUAG